CAAAAAUACAAACAGUGAAAUUCAGACUUUCAGAGAUUCAGCCAAAAAUCAAACCAACACAACUUUAACUUUACUUGGAUAAAAUGCGGGUUAAAUUAAAUUUGCUGAGAAAACACUUACAUAAGUGGCCAAGUCGGGUAGUUGUUGCGUGGUUUAGUUGGUUAAACCCAUUGAACUAUUUCCGGUCACUUAAGUUCCGUAGUUUUAGAAAAUACCUUCUUUUGCAGUAAGUCGAUGUCGUCAGAAUUAGAUUCAGUUUCUUUCUUUUACAUCCUGUAGUCCGGGCAAUCAGACGUAAAUCUUGAAGAUGGGUCGUCGUAAAGGUAAAGGGGGCAAAAAAGCUGCCCCUUCUUCAGGCGAGUCCAGUUCCACCCAGCAACCAGGCCCCUCAGGAUUAAGACCUGGUUCAAAAAACCCACCAACCACAGGAGCUGAUCCAAAAAGUCCACCAGCCACAGGAGCUGAUCCAAAAAGUCCACCAGCCGCAGGUCCUGGUCCAAGAAGCAUAUCAACUGCGGGACCUAGUCUAAAAAGCCAGCCUACUGAAAGACCUGGUCAACAAAACCCACCAGCCCCAGGACCUGGCCCAAAAAGCUUAUCAAUUGAAAGACUUAGUUUAAAAAGCCCACCUGCUGAUAGGCCUGGUCUACAGAACCCACAAACCCCAGGACCUGGUACAAAAAGCUUCUCAACUGCAGGACCUGGUCUAAAAAGCCCACCUGCUGAAAGGCCUGGUCUACAAAACCCACAAACCCCAGGACCUGGUACAAAAAGCUUCUCAACCGCAGGACCUGGUCUAAAAAGCCCACCUGCUGAAAGAUCUGGUCUACAAAGCCCAUCAGCUGCCAGACCUAAUCCACUAAAGCCACCAGCCAGUAUUCAAUCUCCAGUCUGUCCACGUCCUGCAGAGGUGAAGGAUCCCAGUCUUCUACAAGCAAGCAAGGCUGGGCAUAGAGCAGCACCAUCAGUCCGUGAACAACAUCCUGGUAAAAAACAAACUGCUGGUACUGAAUCUGGGCGUAGCUCACGUCCAACUAGUGUUUUACAAACCAGGCCAUCUCACAUCUUAGAUAAAAAAGGUAAGGAGGGAACACCUAUAAAUAUCAAAGCAAACUAUUUCACUGUGGAGACAACACCAAAAUGGUGUUUAUACCAGUACCAUGUAGAUUUUUCACCAGAUGAAGACAGUACUGCCGUUCGGAAGGCACUAAUGCGCAUCCACGCCAAAACAUUUGGCGGGUACUUAUUUGAUGGAUCGGUUUUAUACACCGUCAAAAGAUUACAUCCAGACCCAUUGGAACUUGUUUCUAUCAGAAGUAAUGAUGAACAAAGGGUGCGGAUUUUGAUCAAGUUGACUUGUGACGUCGCCCCUGGUGAUUAUCACUACAUUCAGAUCUUCAACAUCAUAAUAAGGAAAUGCUUUCAAAUUCUGAAUUUGCAGUUGAUGGGCCGCGACUAUUUCGACGCGGAAGCAAAGAUUGAAAUACCUGAAUAUCGGCUACAGAUUUGGCCAGGCUAUAAAACAACUAUUAAUCAAUAUGAAGAUCGUUUGCUAAUGAUAACUGAAAUAACGCAUAAAGUUUUGCGGGUAGAUACCGUCCUACAUAUGUUAAAUGAAUAUGCUGAUACGAAAGGAGCCAAUUUUAGAAAAAUAUUCCUGGAAGAUGUGGUGGGUAAAAUUGUUAUGACUGUAUAUAACAAAAAAACAUACAAAAUUGAUGACAUAGCCUGGCAAACCACACCAAGAUGUACAUUUAAAAUACGAGAUGAGAAUAUUACGUAUGUGGAAUAUUAUAAAAAAAAAUAUAAUAUAACUAUCCGUGACCUCCAGCAGCCUUUGCUUAUAUCCAGAUCCAAGCCACGUGACAUUCGCGCUGGGAUGCCUGAACUCGUGUAUCUAGUGCCCGAACUGUGCCAGCAAACUGGAUUGACUGAUGAAAUGAGAAAUAACUUCAAAUUAAUGAAAGCCCUUGAUACUUACACUAAAGUCGGCCCUGACGUUCGUAUACAAAAACUAUUACGAUUUAACAAAAGAUUAACCCAAAGCCCCGAGGUCGUCAAGGAAAUGACCCAAUGGUCACUUACUUUAUCGAAAAAUUUAGUGAACUUCAAAACGCGCCAACUACCUACCGAAACUAUUAUUCAAGGCGGUAACGUAAAGUACCUAGCUGGAGAUACAGCAGACGGGUGGUCUCGUAGCAUGCGGUCAACACCUCUGCUGGCAAUUGCUCAAAUGCCAUCAUGGGUAGUGAUAACUCCAGAUAAACUGCGACGUGAGACUGAUGGCUUCGUAGAACUAAUUUUAAAAACAGCGUUGUCUGUUGGCGUACGUAUGCCUAGGCCGGAAUUCAUGUUUAUUACAUAUGACACUGCGAUAGAAUAUGCCAACAUGUGCGAGACCGCUAUAGCUCGCAAAAAUCCAGCGAUGAUAUUAUGUGUCUUAACGCGUAAAGUUGCAGACCGCUAUGAAGCAAUUAAAAAGAAAUGCUCGGUGGACCGUGCUGUUCCUACUCAAGUAGUGUGUGCUCGUAACAUGACAGCCAACUCCGCUAUAUCGAUUGCUACUAAAAUAGCGAUUCAAAUUAAUUGCAAGCUCGGUGGUGCGCCGUGGAGGGUAGAUGUACCUCUUCGUAACUUUCAAGUAAUAGGCUAUGAUGUAUGUCACGACACUCGCAGCAAAGAGAAAAGUUUUGGCGGGUUUGUCGCUUCACUUAAUACUAGUUUGACACAGUUCUAUUCUGCUGUCAACUCGCAUAGUUCUGGAGAGGAAUUGAGCAACUAUAUGAGCUUCAAUAUAGGCACAGCCGUAACGAAAUAUAAAAUAAAAAACGGCACUUUACCGGAUAGAAUUUUCAUAUACCGUGAUGGUGUAGGAGAUGGACAAAUUCCUUACGUGUUUACCCAUGAGGUAGAGCAAGUAAAGAAGAAGUUAACUGAAAUAUAUGGCGGUACAUCAUAUAAGUUGAUAUUCAUUGUAGUCUCCAAGCGUAUCAACACGCGUAUAUUCUUGGAUCGUGGACUUGGGGAAAAUCCACGACCUGGCACUAUCGUCGACGACGUUAUUACUCUACCGGAGCGGUUUGAUUUUUAUUUAGUUUCACAAAAUGUCCGGAAUGGAACAAUAUCACCAACGUCGUACAAUGUACUCAUGGACACAGGAGGGUGGUGUAUUGAUUACAUCCAACGGAUGACGUACAAGUUGACCCACAUGUACUUUAACUGCUCCGCACAAGUCCGUGUCCCAGCCGUGUGCCAGUACGCGCACAAGCUGGCGUUCUUGGCAGCGAACAGUCUCCACAACCAGCCACACUACGCACUUACGGAAACCCUGUACUUCCUGUAAAGUAAAAUUACAUUAUAAAAAUAAUGUCAAACACAAAAUUAUUUUACAUUGAGAAUACAUCUCCAUAUACUUUUACUUGCAUUCAGUUUAGCAAAGUAGUUUUUUAUGUUUGGUCUUGUUUUUAUUUAUUUAUUAGUGUAAGCUGGUUGGCAGAUCAACAAUGUAAUAAAAUUGUUAAGAUUAUCUCAGUUAAUUAGUUAUGUGUUGUCAUAUAAGUUUUCUGUCUGACUUAUCUCCUUAGUAAUGUCAUGGUUAACCGUGGUAACGCACAAAACUUCUUCUUUCCUAUAACUAAGCUUUUAAAGAAUUAGUUAUAAGAGAGAGACAGAAGGGUCACUGGAAUUAGUCUUAAGCUGACCUAUUUAGCAUUGCCACCAGCAAUUUUGUAUAAGUACUUCAUGGUUGUUGUGAAAUACUCCAUACGUAUCUUUAUUUAUGUAUUUAACUUAAGUAACUUAAUAAUAAAAGUAUUUUGCCAUAUUAUAAAAAUGUCAUGAGUUGAACUCAUGAUGAUUUAAUAGGUAUGUUACUUUACAAGUUUUACCGUAGUUCAGCGUAUAUAUAUAAUAUAUAUAAUCGUUUAUUAUAUAUAUAAAGCAAACCAAAGUAAAUCCUUUGUUGUGAUUAUACUUACUGUGAUUGGAAAUUGAGCUUGGAGUAAGCGCCUGUUUCACCACCUUCUUAUAAGUAGUUAGUUAUAGUUUAUACGAAUUACGUCGUUACUCUGGCACAUACAGGCUAUCCGGACAUUAUGAAACCGGCCCUUAUAGUUGUAACUUCGUAUGUACCAAGUAUCUACAUGUAAAUAAAAUGUAGCAUUCAACAUACUAACUAACCACAACAUACUUUUGUAAGUGUUACCAAUCUGUGAUUUGGAAAACUUGUCAUUAAAGUAGAGAGUGCUAAUAUAGCACUAUAAUCUAAAAUAUUUGUAACUUAUUUUUAAUAUAUACAUUUUUGCAUGAAAA